AUGCCAGCAGCUCAGCAAAAAGAAGAAACUAUAGAGGCUUCAUGUUCUCUGAGGAAGGCUGUGAGGAAUGAUCCUCUCCUCAGAACGAAGUUCAGGUUCUCGGUGCCGGUCCUUCAGUGGGCAGGAAGUUUCUCCAGAUCCGCUUGGGAGCAGCUGAAGAACCAGACACCUCCGUAUGGAUGGAAGGGACUUCCUGUUAAUGUUGUUGGCUUGACCUUGUCCCUCCUCAACAGCUCUCAUCUCUUUGGGCGUGGCUUACCUGACAGGUGCGUUCGCUGUGCUGUGGUGGGAAACGGUGGCAUCCUCCGAGGAUCCCAACAGGGGAAGAACAUUGACAGCCAUGACUUUGUCUUCAGGAUGAAUGGAGCCGUGAUCAGAGGUUUUGAAGGGGAUGUGGGGAGGAAGAUUUCCUUUUACGGUUUCACUACAAACACCAUGAAGAACGCGCUCAGAAUGUACGGAACAGACGGCUUCACUGAGAUCCCUCAGAGCCCGGACAUAAAAUACAUCUUCAUCCCAUCAGACCUCAGAGAUUAUGUGAUGAUGGCAGCUGCUGUUCAGGGUAGGAUUGUCGUCUCAGGCAGAGACAAAGGGGACAGACCCUGGAAGUAUUUUGGCCACAAACAAUCUGAGAACUUCAAGAUUCUCCACCCAGAUUUUAUUUCCUAUGUGACACACAGCUUCCUUCAGUCUCCUCUACUGAACAGCGAAUGGACGCAUCACCUGUACAUGCCGAGCACUGGAGCUCUAAUGCUGCUGACUGCCUUACAUACCUGUGACCAGGUUUCAGCUUACGGCUUCAUCACCAGGAACUAUGCAGCAUUCUCUGAUCAUUACUACGACUCCAUGGGGAGGCCUCUGAUGUUCUUUGCCAACCAUGACCUGCAGAUGGAGAGCCAGCUGUGGGAGAUGCCUCAGGACAAGAGGUAA